AUGGACGAACAAGGCAUCCAGCUCGCUGAUCAGCAGCGCGACGAGCACGAGGUUGAGCUCAUCCUCGGAGCGCUGCCUUCGCUGUGGCACAACACGCAGAAUGUGCUCAGAGAUCUCGGCUACCAGCAGGCGCCAGCACCGGAGGCCGACGAAGGGCCGCAACUUGGUCAACCCAACGACGGUCCCGCUGCUUGGAGAAGCGACGACAAGACUGCUGCGGCACCAAAUUCACCCGGCGGAAGCGAUGACGAUGGGGACGAGAAGGUCUGUCGUAUGUGCUUUUCGUCGGAAGCCGAGCUGGCAGACGACGGCUCAUCUCUCGGCAGGCUCAUACGUCCGUGCUACUGCGAUGGCAGCAUGCGUUACGUGCACGAUACGUGCCUCGACCAGUGGCGGCGCAAAGCGGAGGCUUCGGAAGCUGCGCGCGUCUGCGGCCAGUGCCAUGCACGCUACCGCUUCCGUCGCCGACCACACGCCAACCUCAUGGCCUUUGUCCAGGCCAGCCAGAUGCUGCGUAUCCUCGUCUGCGUCCUGGCCAUCUUCAUCCUCUCCGUGGCCUUUGGUAUGGUCGCUCUGCUGUCACUCAAGACGGUCGCUCUUCUAGGCUCGACUCCGCUGGGCUUCGUUCGAGAUGCGGCGCUUCGACGAGUGCACGUCAACAGCACGCCGUGGAACAUCACACUGCAGCCUGACAAGGCGCGUGCUGAGGUCUGGAUUCCCGCCGAGACGUGGAAGCACAGCACAAGCACCGGCGGCAUGCCUCGGCUCGACGAAGAGUUCUACUCCAAGAUCGACCUCGAGGUCUUUGCGCGCGUUCGCCAGGAGCAGCUGCUCAACCCAGUCUAUUGGAAGCGCGUGCAGCGUCUGCCUUCGUCGUAUCGCGCCAACUAUACCGACGCCAUGAUCGUCAGAGCCAAACUUCAAUCUGGCGAAGAUGUAUCCGAAGAACUCGAGCGCCUCUCGCGCGGUCUUCCGCUCUUCCCUUGGAAACCAACAAAACGCUCAGCGAGCGAAGCAGGCGCAGCGCAGGAUGGAGCACAUCCCUCCUUGCCCGUGCCAGAGCGCGAAAGUGCCAAUAUCUCCUCGCCAAGCUCGCAAACGCCCUUCAACCUCACGCCUUCACUGCGGGAGCGCCUCGUUGGCAGCGAUUUCAAGUUCAAGUUCGGCAUUCCUUUCCUCUCUUCGCACCGAAAGGAGAGCGACGCCGACACGGCUGGGCAUGAGGAAAAAUUCGGUGUUUGGCAGCGGCAGAACAUGACGAUCAAGUUCGACUACGAGGAGCUGUCCAGCUUCAUUCUCGACGAGCCUUCGGAGCAUGUGCUUGUACGUAGCCUACCCGAGUGGCUUGGAUUCGCACGCUACGUGCCGUAUUGUAUCGUGCUCGCGCUGGUGGACCGCUUCUACUUUCUCGCCAGCGUGUUCCGGCCGUGGUGGUCGUCGAUCGCGCGCUCGGCACUGCAGCUCGCACUGCUGCUGCUCGAGUCGCAUCGCGAGCUGCUCUGGUGUGCCAGCAAGGCGGCCGUCGCCGCACUCGUCGCUUAUGUCGACGUCGAGUUCGAGCCCGUCAGAUUCAACCCAGACAACGCGGUGAUCGUCGGCCCGCCUAGGACACGGCGACGACGUGCUGCGGCGAUGGUCCGCGAGGUUCUGGUCGUCGGGGCGGAUACAGUGUUCGGCCCCAUGUGGCUGAAUUGGUGGGGCGGGUAUUCGCUCGCGGUCUACAUGCGUCCGCGUCAGUUCAUGACGACGGAGCGCGUCGAGAUGACGCAGCUCGCGGCGGUGUUCGCGCCCAAUCUCACCGUGCUGCUCGAUGCGAUCGUUUCGGGGCUGGCCUCGUUCAGCACACGUGCGGAACGUUUCAAGACGACGACUGACAGAUGGACACACGCGGACUGGGUGCACCACGACUACUCGGCGUCCGAAGGCUACCGCAGGAUGAUCGCAACACUUCUCGGUGAUGAACAGGCGAGCAAGGCUACGCUGCACGAUCUCUGGCUCGAGGCUGGCAGCAAGCGCUUGCUGCCCGGCAGGACCAAGCCGCUACAGAUGGCACUGAUGCCCAAGCUCAGCAUGUGGAAAACGGCGUUUCUGCUGGGAUGUCUGGUGACCACGGCGCUAGCGCUCGUGGUUGCCACCAAGAUGGCUUGGGACUCGACCAUCUCGCACUUUGCGAGGCAGGCUUGGCGGUCGCUGGUGAGCAUCUGGCAGCUGGCGUUACAUUCGGGCGACAGCUUGCGCGUGGCGUGGCGACAGACGGUGUCGAGCGUGCUCUUUAUCGCUCGCUGGACGCUUGGCAGGGCCAGACGUUUGGCGUCGCAGCUCGUGCGAAGUGUCAAGAGCGCCGCUCGGAGCGUUCGGAGCAGUCAGGAGAGUCACUCGGGCACAGAAGCUUCUGAUCGACAAGAUUCGUCAUCGUCGUCGACACAGCAUACCGAUGCAGACGGUGCGGCAGAGCAGGCAGAGCAGGCCGAGGCGAUGCCCGAACCUUUGCUCAACGAUCCCUUCAUUCAGGGCGGGCACAUGGGCGUGUUUGGCGCAAUCCUCGGCCACGUCGCCUCCAUCUAUGGCUGCAUCCAUGCGUUCGUGUUCACGAUGCGCUUCAUCCUCGUCUAUCUGCCGUUCGAGCCGUUCGUCAUUCUGUACUCGCUCCUCCAGCAGCUCAUCCAGGUCGACGUGGCCAACACCGAGGUGCUCGACCGUGAAGACGUCGAUGUCUAG